CAGAACGCAAAAAAAUAAACGAGAGCUGGGCGCUGCAAACCAAAAAGAAUUCAAGCAAAAAUAUAUAAAAAAAAAAAUCUAAGAAAAAAUUUAAAAUAAAAACAAUAACAAAUUUAUUGAGAAAUCUCUCAAAUUGAAUCUUUUAACCAAACAGCAGCUGCAUACAUAUAUUUUCAUUUAUAUAUACAUUUAUAUAUGUAUAUAUAAAAUUCUAGACGUGUUUUUUGUAAAGGAAGGUAGCCACAGCAACGCGUAGCGGGAGCAACGAACGUGUCGUCGUGACCAGGAGCAACAGCAGGAACAGGAGCAGGAACAGGAGCAGGCGCAGGCAGCGCGACGAGGCAGCUAAUAAGGAAGCCAGCACACACACGAGCACAUACAACACAUACACACAACACCCACCCACACACACACACAGAAAUUGAUUAAGAUGUCAUGGAGAUAUGCGCUACUCACCGACAGAUACAGCAGCAGCAUUGGCGAUAGAUAUAGUCCGCACUAUUAUCAGUCGCCCAGCCGUCUGGAAACCUCCGAACAGACCACAGGACGCCAGCUGCAGCGUGUACUGCACUAUUCGAUGGCCCCAUGCCGGACAUUGCCCGGCCUGAGACGUGCCGAGUGCGCCAUACACGAUGUUGACAGUGAUGAGGUCUAUCCGGGCAUUUAUAUUGGCGAUGCCGCGGCGGCCAAAAACAAAACCUAUUUGCGAAUGAUGGGCAUUACGCAUGUGCUGAAUGCCGCGGAGGGCUGUCGCUACGGUCAGGUGGACACGGGACACAGUUACUAUCGUGAUAUGCCCAGCAUUAGACGCCAACAUAAGGAUUGCAUUUUUAGAUAUAUGGGCUUCCCCAUGAUCGAUGCCCCAACGACAGAUAUAUCCCGUUACUUCUAUGUGGCAGCCAAAUUCAUAGACAGCGCCAUCAGCAGCGGCGGCAAAAUUCUGGUGCACUGCCUGGUGGGCAUGUCCCGGUCGGCCACUUGCGUGCUGGCCUAUCUGAUGAUCUGCCGCAAAAUGUCCGCCGUGGAUGCGAUACGGACGGUGCGCAUGCGCCGUGAAAUACGACCAAAUGAUGGCUUCCUGCAGCAGCUGGCCGAUCUCGAUAUGGAGCUGAAGCGCAAGAAUCUUUAUCCCUACUAAGGCAAUACCAAAACCCCAACACAACCAAAGAUAUAUAUAUAUAUCUAUAUAUAUAUAUAACACACACACACACAUACAUAUAUAUAUAGAUGUAUAGGAUAAGGACAGAAAGAAUGCUGAUGAUGGGCUGAAGAAAAACAAAAAACACAGAAUUGUUGUAUUGCUAAGAGUUAUAAAAAAACAAACACACACACACACACACACACAAACAGAUAUACAGGCAACGUUUAUGCGCUACGCUCAAAUCAUGAUAUGAACUGUGUGUAAGUAUAGAAAAGAGUUUAAAUCUGUAUUUCAUGUUUAAGCAAUCAGUAUAAAGAAAUCGGUAUACAGCCGUAUGUCAUGUUUAAACAAGGUUCAAUAUAAUGAUAUGUCCGCAACGUAUAAACGUGUGCCAAAACACAAAACACACUCACACAGACAAGCACACAAAUGCAACGUUUACACGCGUUGCCGAAAUCAUGAUAUAAAUUUUGAAGAUGCAUAAAAAAUCGUAAAGAGAUAUUUUGAUGGGUAUAUAUAAGAGUUUGACAGAAUUCCAAAAGGGGCGCAUUAUGAUAUGGGUGUUCCGUAUAUAUACUACUACUCCACACACACACACACACACACACACACACACAGAGAGAAAGCGUUGUUCUAAACUAUUUAUAAAGAUAAAAAGCUAACGACUUAAUGGUAACUUGGUCUUCUGAUAUAAAAAGCUGUUCAAAUCAAUUGUCUUAUCGUGACAUCUCGUUAUAUGCAUACAUACAUAUAUAUAUUCGGUCGUACUUCCAUUUACUGGGUAUCAAGUUACUUACACACACACACAUACACACAGACCUGCACACCCCUCGCACAUAGCUACCUAGGCAUAGAUCCACGAUCUACAACACAGCGUGAAACAAUAAUUGCAAGGAUCGAGCUGACAUCUGAACACCAAGGCAUAUAUAUAGACAUACACAGAUAUACAUAUAUAUAGACGUGUAUGUAGAACGGAAACUAAAUAUAUAUACUUACCUAUACCAUAUACACAUAUAUUGAUAUACAUGUAUUCCUAUGAUAUUUUUUGUAUGCAACUCUUUGUUAUUUUACGGUUCAUGUCCUACCUGCAUAUAUAGCCCACAUACAAGCAUAUACUCUUAAGCGUAUAUGCACUUAGGCAUAUAAGAAAAGCUGAAAAAAAACCUAAACGAAAACAAAAUAAAACAACACAAAAUGGAACAAUGUAUAGAACACAAGAAGCGUAUAAAAUUAACAAAAUAAAACAAAAUAAAAAAUAAAAAACUGAUAAAAAAUCUGUGUAAUGUAUAAUUAGUAUAUACAACAUGCGUUAUACACACCCUAUAUGAAAUGAUAUAUACACACAAACUAAUAUGUUUGUACAUAUAUGCGUAUAUUCAACUAUUGUACAAUGAAAUAGCAAAGCUAGCGAAAAGGAACA